AUCAAACAGGAUUUUCUCGCGGUUAGGGUCACCAAGCAAGUAGCCUACACUCUGGGCGUGGACAAUGGAUACUUUAAGUCUGUCAGUGAACGCUGUAUCCUACACUGUGGCAGCUGAACUCGCCACUACUGAUGACCCGUUUAAUGGACCCAUUAAGAACAUCGCGCCGUGGAACUUCACUAUCCUGGCCGUGCUCAUGUUUGUGGUCACGAUGCUGUCUCUGGGCGAGAAUUUCCUGGUUAUGUUUGUUACUUUCAAGUUCAAACAGCUCAGACAGCCCCUGAACUACAUUAUAGUUAAUUUGGCCAUCGCUGACUUUCUUGUCUCUCUCACCGGUGGACUAAUAAGUUUCCUGACAAACGCCAGGGGUUAUUUCUUCCUUGGGAAGUGGGCUUGCGUCUUGGAAGGGUUUGCCGUAACAUUUUUCGGGAUCGUAGCCCUCUGGUCCCUGGCCGUUCUGUCCUUCGAGCGGUUUUUCGUGAUCUGCCGGCCUCUGGGGAACAUCCGACUGCAAGCGAAGCAUGCAGUCCUGGGUCUGCUGUUCGUCUGGACCUUCUCCUUCAUCUGGACCUUUCCUCCAGUGCUGGGCUGGAACAGAUAUACUGUAAGCAAGAUUGGAACCACCUGUGAGCCUGACUGGUAUACAACCAACAUAAUAGAUCACAGCUACAUCAUUACUUUCUUCACCACCUGUUUCAUUUUCCCGCUUGGAGUGAUUUUCUUCUGCUAUGGGAAGCUCCUCCGGAAGCUCAGGAAGGUAUCUCAUGGUCGUCUGGCCAAUGCCAGGAAGCCAGAGCGGCAGGUGACCCGUAUGGUGGUGGUCAUGAUUGUCGCAUUCAUGGUGGGCUGGACGCCGUACGCUGCCUUCUCCAUACUGGUCACAGCUCAUCCAUCCAUUGAACUGGAUCCCAGGCUGGCUUCCAUUCCCGCCUUCUUCUCCAAGACAGCUGCUGUCUACAACCCAAUCAUCUACGUCUUCAUGAACAAACAGUUCAGGAAGUGCCUAAUCCAGCUCUUCACUGGUAUGGGGACUAUACCAGACAGCAACCUGAACCAGACCUCAGAGCGACCCGGAAUAACUGCAGAGAGUCAAACAGGAGAAAUGUCAGCCAUUGCAGCCCGCAUCCCUGUGGGUGGCACUGCAUCGCCCAGGUCUGAUGAUUCUCCGACCGACUGUGGCUCGUUUGCUCAGCUGCCCAUCCCAGAGAACAAAGUGUGUCCAAUGUAA